GUUGACCUUUGCCGGAAGCAGUAUAUGGAUGACGUCAAAGUGUUGCGCAGUAAGUGAUUCCGGAAGAAACAGGAGUGCGGCGUGAAAAUGGGGAAGCAAAAGAAAACAAGAAGAUAUGCGACCAUGAAGCGAAUGCUUAGUCUCAGAGAUGAGAGACUUAAAGAGAAGGAUAGAUUAAAGCCUAAAAAGAAGGAGAAGAAGGAUCCCAGUGCGCUGAAGGAAAGAGAAGUCCCCCAACAUCCCUCCUGCUUAUUCUUCCAGUACAAUACACAGCUGGGUCCACCAUACCACAUCCUUGUUGACACCAACUUCAUCAACUUUUCCAUCAAAGCCAAACUAGACUUAGUGCAGUCCAUGAUGGACUGUCUGUACGCCAAGUGUAUCCCUUGUAUAACUGAUUGUGUGAUGGCUGAAAUUGAGAAAUUGGGCCAGAAGUACCGAGUGGCACUAAGAAUCGCCAAGGAUCCACGAUUUGACCGACUUCCGUGCACACACAAAGGAACCUAUGCUGAUGACUGCUUGGUACAGAGAGUCACUCAGCACAAGUGUUACAUUGUGGCUACAGUUGAUCGGGACCUCAAACGAAGAAUCCGGAAGAUCCCUGGAGUUCCUAUCAUGUAUAUUUCUAACCAUAGAUACAACAUCGAACGGAUGCCAGAUGAUUAUGGAGCUCCUCGGUUCUAAUUCUUACUUGACCAAAUUCACCUGCAUUUCUUUACCAGCUUUCUCUGUUGUUAGUUAAUUAAACACACUUUUUGUUGUUUA